AUGGUUCUGAAAUGGAUUCUCGUAAAGAUAUUGGCAUUGCGCCAAGUGAUCAGCGAAUUAUUCAGAUUCAAGGAAUCACUGAUGAUUUGGCUUUUUAUGAUGGACGAACUCGAUUUUAUAUUUGAGAAGCAUGUAUUUUUGUUGACCAGGAUUGUUACAACCUUCAAAAUCGAGCAUUUGGACAAAGAUGACAAUAUGAUGGAAUGA